ACCGGUGCGGCUGGGCCGUCAGUCUGAGUCGAGCGGCGAGGCGCAUCUGGUGUUAACAUGGCAGUGUGCGGUGUGCACUCAUCCGCGCUGGGUUUUUUGUAAUUUCCGCUCCAGAUCAGUAGUGUGAACGGUGUGCAACUCCUGUCCGGUGUGCUUGGUGCUCAUCCGAAUCGCGAAAAGUGCGUUGACCGCGCCCGAGAGUGCCUCCGUGCAGCCCACUGAAGUUGGACAUUGUUCACGGAAGUGCAAAUUUUGCUGUUGCGGAACCACAUCCGCCCGUAACUUCGAGGGGUACCUCGUACUUCUACAGAUGUUUACUUGCUGACGCGUUGCGUGCUCUCACGCGCAAUUCUUCAUCAUACUUCAGAGGAGCGUGAGGACGACUGCUAGAAAAUGACCAGCAUGGGAUUAAUGAUGGGUGUGAAGAAGGUCCAGGGCAAGACUCAAAAGAUGGACAGGUCUCUACCCAUCACAAUUGAUCCAGCAUUCCGGUCCGUCUCAAAAAAUUCCACGAACUUCUUGAUAUGGAGGGUGGAGAAAAUGCAACUUUUACCUCUGGCCAAAUCACAUUACGGAACAUUUCAUACAGAAGAUGCGUACAUAGUCUACGUAGCCGCAGAGCGCGGAAAAAUUGCUAGUCAUGACAUGCCGAGUUAUUCGCCGCGAGGUCCACUGGAGGUGCACAUUCAUUUCUGGCUGGGCGCUGAGUGCAGCACGGACAGCGCGACGAUGGCUGCAUACAAAAGCGUCGAACUUGACACGUAUCUCGGAGGCUCACCGGUCCAGCAUCGGGAGGUGCAGAAUUCCGAGUCGCCUCGCUUCAAGUCAUACUUCAAAUCCGGCAUAAGAUUACUAAUUGGAGGCGUUGAAUUUGGGCAGAGUUCACUGCGAAUAGUGGAGCCAAGACUGUUCCAAGUGAGGGGCCGCCGAUCUCCGGUACUGCUGCAAAUGCCUGAAAUAUCGUGGAGAUUUUUCAAUUCCGGCGAUGCUUUCAUUUUGGAUACGAAGGACGUCAUAUUUGUGUGGAUUGGAAAGUUUUCCAACAGCUUGGAGAAACUUCAAGCUGCUAAGAUUGCCAAAAAAUUGAUGGAAGAGCACCACGCUCUGUCCAUCGUGUUUGUCGACGACGGCAAAGAGAUGGAUCUACCCCAGUCCGAGAAACUUCUUCUUGGUGUAUAUUUGGAUUUAAACAAGAGGAAUCUGGUUCGAGAUCGGAUAUUUGACGACGACAAGUCGAUGGAAAUCCUUAUUAACUCCAAAUUGAAAAUGUACCACUGUUCUGAGGAAGAUGGAACUUACAAAGUUGUGGAAGCCAAAACUGGGCCUCUGCAUCAAUCGGAUUUGCACUCGAGCGAUUCGUUCAUAAUCGACAACUGUGGACACAGCGUUUGGGCGUGGAUAGGGAAACAUGCGUCGAUGAGAGAACGAAACGAAGGCAUCAGGAACGCUCACGGGUUCGUUAAGAAGAAAGGCUACUCGGCUGGGACACCCGUUUGUCGUGUUAUUGAAGGUGGAGAGCCACCAGAAUUCAAAGCACUCUUCCUCUCUUGGAAGGAUAAGGAUGAUCUCAACUUCGGAUUUACUUUACCUCAUGGAAGUUACAAGGCAUCACCAAAAUCGGCAACAGUCAAGUUGGAUGCAGCCUCUCUUCACAGACCUUUACGAAUCCAAAACGGAUCCAUGGAGUCCAUACUGAACAUAAUAGACAGCAAAAUGGAAGUUUGGCGGGUGUCCAGAUCGGUGCUUAAGGAGGUUCCAUUCUCUGCAGUUGGCCGGUUUUACACUAACGACUGUUAUCUCAUUCAUUACAGUUACAACUACGCCGGGAAGAAUCACCAUGUUCUUUAUUAUUGGCUCGGACUGCACUCGACGGUGAUGGAACAGACGGCACUGGCAUACCACACGGUGGCGGAGGACGAGAGGCUGGGAGGGAUCGCGGUGCAAGUGCGAGUGGUCGAAGGGAAAGAACCACCCCAUUUCCUCCACAUGUUCCGCGGGAGACUCCUCAUAAUGCAGGGCGAUCACUCCGACGAGAUGCCGAGGAAUUUCAUGCUCCAAGUCAGGGGCACAUCUCAGGAAACGACUCGUGCCUAUCAGGUCCACUUGAGAGCUGCGUCGCUAAAUACAAAUUACGUAUACGUCCUAAAAUUAGGUAAAGAUGAACAGAAUUACAUAUGGUGCGGGCGGAAAUCGACUGGAGAUGAACGAGAUAUGGCCAAGCACAUAGCUGAAAAGUACGCUCCACAACAUCUCGUACUUUACGAGGGACAAGAAAAAGAAACAUUUUGGGAGGAUAUCGGAGGAAGAGACAUCUACUCUGAUAAAAGACUACCAGAAAAUCCGGUUCACUGCCUCUCGCCACGACUUUUCUGCUGUUCUAGUCCAUGCGGAUAUCUCAAAGUUGAGGAAGUUGUCCAUUAUCAGCAGACAGAUUUGAUGCCAGAGGAUAUCAUGAUCAUGGAUACUUGGGAAACACUUUUCAUUUGGAUUGGUGCCGAGGCAAAUCAAGAAGAGAAACGGAGCUGCAUUCAACUUGCUAUUGAAUACUUGAAAUCAGAUCCCUCCGGAAGAGAUGUGAAAAUUCCCAUCGUAUUGAUAAAACAAGGACACGAACCACCAGUCUUCACCAGUUUCUUUGCCCGAUGGGACGAUGAUUUAUGGAAAAGCCACAAAACCUUCGGAGAGGUGCGAAAGGAGCUUGAAAACGCUAAACCGACGAUUCAAGUGGAGUUGAAACUGAACACGGGACCAGCCUUUGAUUUUGAAGACUACCCGAAAUAUCCUUUUCAUAAUUUGAUCGAAAAGGAGCCCGAGAAACUGCCGAAAAACGUGGAUUUACUUCACAAAGAGAUGCACCUCAACGAGAAGGACUUUGCUGCUGUAUUUGGAAUGCGGUACAAGGAGUUUGCGAAAUUCCCGAAGUGGAAGCAGGAUAUACUGAAGAAAGACGUCGGCUUGUUUUAACAAAUUCGGGAACAACAGAAGCACGCCACGCCGCAGGGCAUUACUGCCGUGCUAAGGCAAAACGUCGUAUGCGCAUUCAGAUUUUGUCAAAUUUUCUCGAACAAAUUACAAAUUUUCGGGAAAAGCUGCGGAUAUUUUUCUCCCUAUUUUUCUGAGUUUUGCUAGUAAUUUGGAUUACAUUAUGCAAUACGGCAUCUCUGGCUCUACCACAAAAGCACCUUUCUGCACAGCGAAACCAAUGGUGUAUAUGUUGCUUCGAAGAUGAGCCAGAAAUAUAGUGCUACUUUAUUGCAAAAUGUGGUCCAUCUGAUGUAAGUGACUGAAAAUUUCAAGAAAAAAUAUUCGAAACUUCUUCUUCAAAAAAAAAAUUUUUGGGAGGAAAUUUGGCAACAUUUGAAAGGUCACGCGGCGUAUUUCCUCAGCACGGGAGAUUGGGAGUCCGUCCCCACCGAGAUUAUGAAAAGGCUCCUUUUACACCCUCCGUUUUGCCGUGCUAAGGAAGAGCGCCGUAUGAACAGCCAAGAGUUGUCAUAUUUCCUUCAUUACAAUUUUAAAUUUUUGAGAGAAGAUACGCAUGUUUUUCUUUGAAAUUUUCAGGAACUUCGGGUGGGAUUGCGAGCAAAGUUAGCGGAAAGACCGGAAGGAAAUUAUUCAUAAGUUUGCCAGGAAAUUUGACAAUGCCUAGAUGUUCAUACGGCGUUUUUCAUUGGCACGGCAGCGUUGAAAGGUCUUGCUCUCCAAGCUUCAUUCUGCGAUCACUGGUUUCGCUGCCCGCCUCCCUCCCGCGUUUCGCUAUAGGCACUGCUAAUUUUCAUUGAAUAUAAUUCGCACAUUGUUAAAAAAAACCUGAAAACGCCCAUUAAAACAUUAUGGGCCCUCACACUGAGAGAACGUUUAUAGUGAAUAAUUCCCGGCCGAGAAUGCUUGUUAGGUCAACCGGAUACAUCUUUGAAGUCACAGGUUGUCUCUUUGGAAUGGCAAAAUGAAACGAGGAGAUUUCUUGUUGAUUCAACGAGAAUUCUCGACCGAAAAUUCUUAAUAAUUGUAACCGGACUUGAGGAAAGGGACCUUAUCUUCGGCGAGAAGACUUUCCUAAACUUUUUGCAAAUGCGUGGAGGUAGAAAAUCUGGCAAUUGCGACGCGGGUUUGAUCCUUAUCUAAAAAAUUGAAGGAGAUGUUAGUCUCGAAAUUUUCAAGAGAAUAACUGUUGGAUUGUAAAAAAAAAAAAAAAAAAAAAAAAAAAAAAACAUGAUUUAAGGAUUUGCUAAAAGGGAAGGAAACUUUUCUCAGGAGAACAGGUCCCUUAUCGGUCACCUAUUGAUCCAAUGGAGAAUUUGCACGAAAGUGUUUAAUGCUGCAUCUGAUGAGCUUCAUGAGCUGCGUUCGCAGUGUUUUUUAUAAUUUUUUAAUGUGAAAAAUUGUAGGGGAACGCAUUUAAAAGUGAGAAAAUCUGCCUCCUUGCGACGUUAACAGGCGGAAUUUAACAUUUGAGCACGUGUAUUUAAGCAGAUUAGGCGUCAUACCUCCGUUAAUAAUUGUCUAUUUUCAAAACCAAGGAUAUUUUCAUGCUCAGUUCACUCAGUAGUUCCUUCUUUAAAAUGAAACUCAAACUAUUUCAGACACCUGCAAAUUCUCCAAUACGAUUGUUCUCCGUGUAUCCUUGGAUACAGUUCGGUAAUUAAAGACCUAAACACUGUUUUGCUUCGUUAGAUUCGUACCUGCUUACCAAA